UGACAUUUGUAUGACAGAAAACAAGUAUGGCGGAAGAACGUCCUGGAAACUGAAGAAAGUCCAGAAGAAGAGGAGAAUGGCAAGUUCAGUAAAAAGCGCCGGUAGUGUAUCCGCGAAGGGUGUACAGCUUCAGCGUCAAAUUCACUGUCAUUCCCAGCCACAGGAUCAAGCCCCAACAUGGGUGCGUCUCAUAACACCGCCACAGGGAGACAUUGCAUACGUGAGCCCCAGCGGGGAGACCCUGAAAUCCCUUGAGCAAGUUAAGGAGUACCUCUUGCGUCCGGGAACGUGCAAAUGUGGCCUUCCGUGCCCACUGCGUCCGGAUUUGUACUUCAACUUUGAUCCGAAAUCUCAGUGUCACGCCGAGGCUGUGCCCCGAAUUCCGGGGGCAUGCCUCCACACGGCGCGUCUGCGUCAGGAGGUUGAUGUGAAGAGUGAGGAUGGCAGGUAUCAUCCGCACAAUCAGCAGCAUCAACCACAGUCAGGUGGUCAAGCCUUUGGUGAUGGUAAAUUGUCCAAUUUAACCUUGUCACGAGCACCACCGUGGAGGAAGAAUGCUGGACAGCAGGAAUUUGAGCGUGUACCGCCGCUACAUCCGCGUGAUCCACCGUGGCAGGAGGAGAAGAGGCUACAGCAGCAGCGGACACGGAGUACAAUUGCGAAGAAAAGGCCGAAUUUUAAGGAUGAUCCAACGGGGUAUUUGGACCAUCAGACGGCCAUUCUGCACAGUUCCAUCCUCAAUGUGCACAGCCCUGAGCUUGGGGGGCAAUUCGAUGGGGGGCAGCAGACGGAGGAUGCGCCGCCGGGGAGUGAGACACAGAGUGGGCAGCAGAUUAAAGUUCGCAACAGUGGGGGGACUGUUCAGAUUGUUCGGCAGCAAGUGGCGCCGCAUGUAAUUCAGGGGGUGUACAACACAACUCCUCCGGGGGCAACGUUGGGGGAUGGGCAGGUGGUGACGAUUCAGCAAUCAGGGCAAACAGUGACGCAUCUGCCCAAUGGAAUGGUGCAGAUUCAUCAUCAGAAUGCAUCGAGUGCAAAGGGCGGCGGCACCAUUGUGCGGAAGGAGACGCUGAUUUGUGCUGCAAGUCAAGAGAGCCCCGUGUCGUCAAGUACAGCGUUCUAUGGGGGUGCUGAUGGGGCAUCCCCAUCGGCGGAGAUUCGUCAACCCGUUCAGGGGGGUAUGAUAACAACGAGUAAUGAUUUACCGAGUAGUUCAUCGCCGGAAUUGUAUCCGAGGGCCGUUGGCACGGGGCAUACGGUGUCAAAGAACACCAUAACGUCGGUUUUAGCGGGGAAGGCGGCAACGACAACGUGUACGAGUCAAGUGGGACGAAUAGAGGGGACUGGGUCGCAAUUUAUGAGUACAGCUCCCGGGCAAAAUCUCCAGGCGACACAGAGCUAUGCUGGGGGGCAAAUUCAAACAAAUCAACUCAUUAUGACGUCUUCGGGGCAAUUUUUGGUGAUGCCAGCUGCCAGUCAGACGCAACAGGGUGCAACUAAGGUUUCCUCUGCUGCGGGGCAGAUGAUUAAUCCGGGGAAUACAUUGGUGAUAAAUAAUCCGCAAAUAGGGCAGCAAAUUGUCAAUGGGAGCAUCCUUUCGGGGAAUAUUGAGAUUGUCAAUGGGCUGACGGAGCAGACGGUGAGUCAACAAACAGCCCGGACGAGUGGGAAUGUUGUCAUCCAGGGAGGGCAGAAUCUCAUCCCAGCUGGGCAGAAUAUUAUUUCAAAUGCGGGGAAUUCCUUUAUUGUUAACUCCGGCACUGCUGGGCAGGUACAAUCGGUGAUUCUCAAUAAUUCCAACAUGCUCCCCACGGGGGCAAUGUCUCCGGCAGCUGGGAAGGUCAUACAGAGUGGUGGGAGUGUUAAUCAGUUGAUAAAUAAUGGGACAAUGGUCCUAAAUACACUCCCGAGUGGAUUUGUUGUUCAGCAGCCAACGGGGAAUUUUGCAACGUCCACCGUGGCACUGCAUGAUGGGGGUUUGAUGGAUUUGCAACAACGGACGGUGUUGUUGUCGCCGUCGGAUGCAAAGCAGCAGCGCAAAGUGAAGAAGAGGAAGAAUAUGAAUAGCCCACAGAAUGUUUCACCGCAAAUUUCCCCGCAGCUACAGAUGGCACCACAUUACACGGCUACAGCUGCUGCCGCCCAGGCGCCCUAUCAAAUCGGGGGCCAACUGUCUCAGUUGACAAUUGUCCCAGCCGGCAAGGGCGCCACGACGUCCACAGCGGCGCCACAGCAGCAAAUAAUUGUCCAUCAGAAUGGGCAGACAAUCCUGCAGCCGGUGAAUCUCAUUGGGCAGCAAUUACUCGUCCCGGCGGGUCUUGUGGUGACACCAGCACCCACGGAAACCCUCCUGCAGAUCCAGAAUGUCCCGCAGAAUCUCCUAACGCAACCGCAGCAGAUGGUUUUGCGUGCCCCAAGUCCGCAAACGGCAAAAACAGCCUUCCUCAGCCCUAAUUCCUCGCAACAGUUCAUUGUUUCCGGCAAUGGGCAAGUGAGUCCGCUGGGGCAGAUCUACAGUACCCCCGGGGGAGGGACAGUGGGCCUAAUGGUGCCCCAAACAAGUCAGCAGCAGAAUCAAACAUUUGUGCAGCAAAAUACAACAAUUGUGCAGCAACAGACAACACUCCUCGGGGCGCAGCAGCAGCAGCAGCAGCAAAAGCAACAACAACAACCGAUGGAGUUGGAAGAGCAGCAUCAAACAAUCCAUCAGGGAACAUCAUCACCUCCCGAUACAACAACAUACAGCCCCCAGAGCCCAGAUCGUCCAGCAAGUGAGAGGAGUGUUGAUAGCGAUAGCAACAUGGUGCAGUGUGUGUCGAGUUCUGAACCGGACUCGGUGAUAUCGCCAAUGGCAGUUGAGGGUAGUAUGGAGGGGCCCCCAAUGGGACAUCAUCAUCAUCAUCAUCAACAGCAGGAGUUCGAGGCGAGACUCAGAAGUGGGCAGCAACUUGUUCAGCAGCACCAGAAUGUCUUUAAGCCGUCUGAUGCGAAGGUACGACGCCUCCAAGGGGCAUCCAUUGGCAUCCCCGUCUAUAGGAAUCCAUCCAAGAUGAAGUUGAGUGAUUUAAAUGGUCCUCCCCAGUAAUAAAUUGUUGGGCUUGCAGAAGAAGGAAAACUUUAUUUAUAUAUAUUUGAUAUUAAUGAAUCUUUGAUAAAAUUUGCAAGAUUUAAAAAAGAAAGAAAGAAAAUAUUAGGCUAAAGCAUUUUUUUCUUUGUAAUAUAGUGUACAAAAGUUUUUUUUUUAUUAAAUUAGUUUAACAUAUUUUUUUCUUUAAAGAAACAAAAAAAAAAGAAUAAGCCAGAUGAUAAUUUUUUUAAAAAUGUUUUACAUAUCUUUUUUUUAAUGAGGAUAAUUAGUUUUUUUAGAAUGUAAUUUAAUGCACAAGUUUUUUUUUAAGUAUGAUUAAAGUAUUGUUGUAAUUGUAAAGAAAAAAAAAUAAUUUUUCGCUUUUAAAACAAAUCACAGCGAUAUAAAAAAAAGCAAAGCAAAACCCUCAAAAAAUGGAAAAUUUGUAGCCUUUUUUUGACUCCCAGUAGGACGUAAUUUAUAUAUAAAGAAAUAAAGAAAGAAAAAGAAUAAACUUUCUAUUUUAUUUUUGUUUGUUUUUUUCAAUAUAUAAUUAUAAAAAAAAAGAAGAGAAAAAAUGAAAACUAAGCGAUAGGUUGUACAAAUUAUUUGAUAUGAAAAAAAUGCUGAAGAUUCUUUUCUAUAAAAAAAAAACUAAAUAGAAGCACGCAUAACGACAAUAACACAGAAAAUCAAAAAAAAAAGAAACGUUCAAAAAAAUAAAGAAAUGAGAUUAAAAAAAAAAGAAACGAAAUAAGAAAACCAAAGAAGUUCUUGCAGAGAAGGAAGAAAAAAAUGCCACACAGUGAGGAGUUUUGUUGCAUCACAUUUUUCAUCGUCUUUUUCUUACAAAAAAAAAUGCUUGCAAAAAAUUUUUAAUACAUUACUAAAAAAAGUCAAUCAUAACGCGUCCAGUUAUAAGAGUUGGUGUCCCACAACGUGUAGAAGUUUGUUUAUGCGUUGUAAUGCGAUUUGUGAGCAGAUUAGUAGACAACUUUAAUUUUUUUGUAAAAUUCAACAAUUUGAUGGAUAAAAAUGGUCAUAUCUCUGGUUCUAUAAGACCUACAGAAAUUUCUUGACUAGUUUUGGAAAGGUAUUAAAACAGGCUAUAAAUUAACAUAAAUUUCAAUAAUUUUCAAGGUCACCUCCAGAACACAAAAUGGCGGAUUUUUGUUCUACCAAAACAGUUUUUUACACUUUUUGUCCUCAAGGAAUGGUCUUAGAGGUUUCUGAUGUUCUAGAAAGUUGUAGAGUUUUGCAAAACCUUUAAUUUGAUACAAAGAUGAGUACAAUCGGUCAAGCCGUUCAGGAGAUAUGGUUCUUAGAACUUUUCAAAUUCAAGAAUUUUUCAAAUGGCUAUAUCUUCUAAACGGUGACAUAGAUUUUCUUCAUUUUCGGACUGGUGAAAGAUAUUAAGUCAGGCUACAACAUAUUAAAAUUUAAAGGAAAUCGAUAAUGGGGAUUCGGAGAUAUUGCCCCUUAAAGUUAGGCAAUUUUUGUUUUUGAUUUUAGCGCCUCUUGCGGACAUUUUUGGAACUCGGAAUGUUCUAGACAGUUGUAGGGCUUCUUGAAACCUUUCAUUUGAACCUAAGUUGGUCAAAAUCGGUCAAGCCGUUCUCGAGUUAUAUUGAAAAAACACUUUUUGCUUUAGGCCGCCAUAUUUGCUAAACGGCUAGACCGAUUUUCAAGUAUGAAUUAUCGAUGAAAACAUCUCACUGAGCUCUACAACAUACUAAACUUUCAGACCUCUAGCUAUAAGGGAAGUGGUUGACGGUAGUUCAAAAUGGCGGACGGCGGCCAUCUUGGAUUUUGAAAAUGCAAAAAAAUGAAAUUUUACACCCACAUUUCUAUAGAAAACUUCAAACCCGAAGUCUCUAUCUGUUAUUGUUCUCGAGCUAUAAAGCAAAGUUUGGGCGACCGGCCGGCAGGACGGCCGGCAGGCCGGCCGGAACAAAAUUUUUCCACCACCAUUUUCAUAAUGUGGGAUGUCUAAAACGUGCUCAUACCAAGUUUGAGCCCGAUCUGAGGUGGUCGGUUUUUCCGACGAUUACAAUACUUGGUGUUGGCCACGAAGUGGAACACCAACUAAUUUAGACGCGAUUAGAGCUACAGAUAAAACAAAUAUAGAAAAUAUGUUACACACUUGCCAUAAAUUAAUAAAGAAAAAAAAGAGAAAAUAAAAUUAGUUUACAAAGUGAA